CGAGCUUUCGUGAAACGCGCAUGCGGGAAAAGCUUUUCAACUUCUUCUUGUUGUUCGUUCGUUUUUCGUAUUUUUCGGUUUCGUUGUGUUUUUUUCGAGUGCUUUUUUGAAAAGUGAAACUGACCGACAAAGUUGCUGGUUGGUAUUUUUCGAAACGGAAUUUAAGUCGCAGUCAACACGUUGCACGACACAACACGUUGCAAGGAGUGUCGUGUGUGCUUGUGUCCAUCAGUAAUGCCUGCUGUGGCAUAUACGAUCAGUCGAGGAUCUCAACGAGUCACAGCUUCAACGAGUAACGAGUAGCGAGUAACGAGUUGCAAGUUUUGCACUGCAAUAUUGCAAAAUGCAUUCGAAUUUUGGUCUCAAAUGGCGACGGCUGCAAUUGUUGGCCACGUUGUUGUUUUGCGCACUUUUGGGGUAUCUCAGUUCCACGGUGGCGUUGGCCAAGCCCACGUUAUCCUUCAGUCUGCCACAUGGAUUACAGGGAUUCCCCUCGUUUCAAUCCUUCACACAGCAGAUCAUCGAACAGCGCAGUCUGCGUCAAAUGAAAACCUACAGUGGAAAUCGCGUCAGCAACGAUUCGCUCAUUAUGAUAUACUAUCACGAUCAGACCAUUGCUGUCACCGAGCUGGGACCCCAGAAAUUGCUUAUUGGCUGCGAACUAAUUGAAAUUUACAACGAGAAGGAGGGUAAAAUGCUGCUCAAAGGCCUUGCUCAGUACAAUCGACCGCUGGAGAUCAAGUUCGAGGAUAUGCUCAAGCUCAUGGAUCAGUGUGAGCAUGUGGAUAAGCUCAGUUAUGCGGCCAAGCACAGGUCUCGUUACAGCAACGACGAGGGCUCCGAGCGUAGCAGCGGCACUGGCAAUCACAACAGCAACGAGUCGGGCUCUAAUGGAGCUGGCAAUGGCAGUGAAGCCUCCACAUCGAAUCAGGAUGGCGUUGCUCUCAAACUCGCUGCAAAUAUCUUUCCGCGCAGUCCCUUCUCGCUGCUCAGCGGCAUUAUACCCGGCACGAAGUGGUGUGGCACUGGCGACAUUGCCGAAACGUACAGCGAUCUGGGCAGCGAGAUGCCGAUGGAUCGUUGUUGUCGGCAGCACGAUCUUUGUCCGAUCAAGAUACGCGCCUAUCAAAACAAAUACGAGCUGAUGAACGACUCGCUGUACACAAAAUCACACUGCAUCUGUGACGAUAUGUUGUUCUCGUGCCUGAAGAUGACUAACACCUCGGCAUCGCAGUUGAUGGGCUCCAUUUAUUUUAAUCUGGUGCAAGUGCCCUGUUUGGAUGGACGCAGCAAUAAGUUCAAGUUCCGUGCGGCCAAGGAGGGUUUCUAGUUCUAAAAGGGGGCGUGUCAUUCGAUAAGGUUGCGCCCUUUAUUUUUUAUAUAAUUUAGAGGAGGGACAUUGUACAUAGUUGCACAGGCGUUAUUUCAAUUAUUUAUUUGAACUACUUAGAAAUGCGACACAACGGAUAUACAGAUAAAA